AUGACAUCCAUCCGAGAAGGUGGCCCAGCCCUAAAAACCCCCCUCGACUUCCCCAACAGCCCCCUCUCCCUCGCCCAGCACCAACCCCUCCUGCUCGGCGUCUUUCUCGACCUCCAAGACCGCAACCUCUCCACCUACCCAACAAGCAACACCUGGGCCUUUGAUUACAACCUCUCCAUCGUGCAAAAGGCCGAAGCAGCCGGGUUUGAAAUCGCAUUCAGCCGCAUGCAAUGGCUGCCCAAGGGCGGAUACGACGGGGAAGCGUCACUAGAUUCCUUCAUAGCCCUAGGCGCAAUGGCCGCCGCAACAAGUCGGAUACUGCUUAUUUCUACAAUACACGUUCUCUACGGCCCCUUGCAUCCGCUGCAUAUCGCUAAAUACGGCGCAACACUCGACCAUAUCUCGAAAGGACGAUGGGGGGUGAAUAUCGUCACCGGGCACCGGGCAAUCGAGCACCAGAUGUUCGGGUGGAACCGGAUCGAACAUGACAAGCGCUAUGAGAUGGCGGGGGAGUUCUUUGACGUGGUGAAUAGUCUGUGGGGGGAGACGGAGAAUAUCACGUACGAGGGCAAAGUGUCGCCGUGGAAAUUGGAGAAUGCGUGGGUGACGCCGAAACCGCUCUUUGGACGGCCGGUUCUGGUGAAUGCGACAGGCUCGCCGGCGGGUGUGGAUUUUGCUGUCAAGUAUUCGGAUUUGGUGUUUAUUACUUCGCCUGGGGGUGCGGAUAUUGAGAGUGCGUUGGAGACGCUGCCGGGGCACAUUAAGGGUAUUAAGGAUGCGGCGAGGAAGGCGGGGAGGGAGAUUAAAGUAUUGAUUAACCCUGUUAUUGUCUCGAGGGAUACGCCUGAAGAGACGGAGGAGUAUUUGAAGGGGAUUGUUGAUGGUAUUCCAGGGGAUACGAAUGAGACGAAGACGUUCAGGAGUUAUGAUAGCGAUGCCCAUGCGUGGCGAGGACAGAAUGGCCCGCGAAAAAAUGGGCAUAAGCUUGGGGGUAACGUCGAGGUUAUAGGCUCACCGAAGGAGGUUGUUGAGCAGCUUGCAGGGCUGCAUCGAUCUGGCAUUGAUGGGCUGCAGUUAGGGUUCUACGACUGGGAGGUGGACUUUGACCACUUUCUGGACAAGAUUCUUCCCCUUCUCAAGGAGGCUGGACUUCGAGUUUAG